AUGGGGCUAUCCGCCGGCGCCCACCACCGUCGGCGAAGCUCCAUGCUUGCCGGGACAGGGCGAGCCUCACAACCGAUUUUGACAGAGCGCAGAGAGGAUAUGCUCUGGUCGCAUGGAGAUGGAGGGAACCACAAACGCGAAGAACAGGAACCUUUGACCGCUGAAGAUGACACUGAUGCGUCCGAUAUCUUAUCCGCUGCAGAGACUCUGGAGCUGGACCCGAUGAGUUCGGAUGAUGAUCAAGAUGACGAGGAAACCGGACUCACAUCACAUCAAAAACGUCAGCGACGUCGACGACGAAAGCAGCGCCGCAAGCUGGAUGCUCGAAUCGCAGAUGUCAAGGGCCAGGGUUCUAUUCGUGAGAUUCUGUCGGACAGAAACGUUGUCAAGAAGCUACUAAUUAACGGCGGGCUGAUCUUGCUGUGGUAUCUCUUCUCGCUGUCUAUUUCAAUAUACAACAAAUGGAUGUUCUCCGAGAGCGAUAUCGUCUUCCCUUUCCCUCUUUUUACAACGAGCUUACAUAUGGCUGUCCAAUUCUCUCUCUCCGUUAUAAUCCUCUGGAUCUUUCCAUCGCUUCGUCCACAACAGCAGACAGGGUUUGCGGCUACAUCUCCCAUCGAUGUGCCCGAGGAACCACAACCCCUCAUCUCCAAGUUAUUCUACUUCACUCGCCUCGUUCCGUGUGGUGCAGCAACCUCGCUUGACGUUGGUCUUGGAAAUAUGUCCUUGAAGUUCAUCUCUCUUACUUUCUUAACUAUGUGCAAAUCGUCUGCACUUGCCUUCGUCCUAUUAUUCGCCUUCCUUUUCCGUCUUGAAACACCAUCGACAAAAUUAAUCAUCAUCAUUGCCACAAUGACAGUAGGUGUUGUGAUGAUGGUCGCUGGCGAGACAGCGUUCAAUGCGCUUGGUUUCGCACUCGUCAUUGCUUCUGCGUUCUUUUCGGGCUUCCGAUGGGGACUGACCCAAAUUCUGUUGCUUCGCCACCCGGCUACUUCAAAUCCAUUCUCAACUCUCUUUCUCCUGACUCCCAUCAUGUUUCUUUCGCUUAUCACCAUCGCACUAUCUAUCGAAGGUCCUCAUGAGAUCUACCAAGGAUACCUCGCGCUCGCCAGCAAAAAUGGCAAACUAUUUGGCUCUUUACUUCUGAUUUUCCCUGGAGUACUUGCAUUCUGCAUGAUUUCCUCGGAGUUUGCGCUUCUGAAGCGUUCCUCAGUUGUCACCCUGAGUAUUUGCGGGAUCUUCAAAGAAGUAGUCACAAUCAGCGCCGCGGGCAUUAUCUUCCACGAUAAGCUCACAACGGUCAAUGCGACCGGUUUGGUCGUCACUAUCAGCAGCAUUGCAGCAUACAACUACAUGAAGAUUGCAGGAAUGCGCAGCGAGCUACCGGAAACUGACUCCUCGAGUCGCGAGUCGAGUCCUGCAUCUGACACCGACGAAGGCGAGCAUAGCAGUGGUGAACCGGGGGAUUAUCGCCGAGUUGCCCAUCAGGAAUCCAGCAUCAUUAGCUCUGCACCUGGUGGUUAUCUCAACGAUGACCACCAAUCAUUAUCAGCCGGUGACUAA